AUGUCCUUAACGUACCCCAAUUACGCCUCGACGCGGCCGGGAUUGACCUACUGUCAAACAAUCCUUUUAUCCACCGGAGGACGUGCGCCCAUUCCUCCCCCUCAGCCAGCGGUUUCGGCUACCGUCCCAGCGGGCGUGCGCCAACCAAGCCUCGCGAAGACCAAGGGACAGCAGCCGCGUUGCGACAAUGCGAGCACGACGGGCUACUUGCAAUUGCUGGCCACUCAUCUGAAGGAGAUCGGUUUUUCUGCGCAUCGUCCGUCCGUCAGCCAACAGGUUCGUAGCGCCUGCGUCGAACACGCUGCCACGUCCUUAAACGUCCGUUCCAGCAACUCACGAUCGUUCGCUGCUGCGACCCCGAUCAUUGCUGACGAGUCGGCGUCGGCCCCGCCGACAUCUGUGGGGAAACAUACCCUGAACCCCGCCCCACACUCGAGACCCGACUUUGGGGCGGUCCCGAGAGCACUUGGGACUGCACCGCCAGCGAACCCUUUGCCGGCGAUGAAAGCCUACCCUGACGGGAUGUCGGGCUACCUUGACUAUGGCAUCCCGGUAACGCGAAAGAAGCAGGAGGAGAUGAAGUCGAUGGCCGUCGGUAUUCCCGACUAUCAUGGCUCGUGUACGGUUCCUGCAGGCGAGGUGUCAGAGAAUGCCUCACUGUCCCAGGAGCCGAUGGUAGCGCUUAGAGAGCUGGAGGACGUCAUGGCCGAGUUGGACGGGGAAGCCAUGAAGGACGUCGCGUUCGAGAUGUAUCGCAUGCUGGCAGAGGGGCAGGGAGCGAUGUCUAGUGUCCAGUGA